CUUGGUUUUGCUUUGCUACGUAUGGUUUAUUCGCGGAAAAGACGCUAUUAGAUAUUUGACGAUGUCCGAUUCGGAAGGCAGUAAUUAUUCAGGCAGUGGGUCGGACGCUGGAAGUGUGGCGUCGAAUCGAUCCCGUAGAAGUGCUGCAUCAAAUCGUUCGCGUUCUGUUUCUCGAUCCAGAUCCAGGUCACAUUCUGGGAGUAGAAGCCCAUCUCGUAGUCCAUCGAGAUCACGAUCUCGAUCCCGAUCACGUUCCAGGAGUAGAUCAGUUGGUUCCGAUCGCAGCCGUAAAAGUAGGGAUGAUGAAGCUAAAGAAGCAUCAGGUGAUGAAGAAGUUGAGGAUGAGCAGGAGCCAGAGGGUGAUGAUUUAGUGGAUUCAGAAGAAUAUGAUGAAGACGAAGAUGAAGAAAGACGGAGAAAAAAACGUAAAAAGGAUAGUAGAUAUGGAGGAUUCAUUAUUGAUGAGGCCGAGGUUGACGAUGAAGUGGACGAAGAUGACGAAUGGGAGGAGGGUGCCCAAGAAAUGGGAAUUGUUGGCAAUGAGGUAGAUGAAAUAGGACCUACAGCUCGUGAAAUUGAAGGUAGACGAAGAGGCACCAACUUGUGGGACUCCCAGAAAGAAGAAGAAAUUGAAGAAUAUCUCCGUAAUAAAUAUGCCGACGAAUCUGCAGCUCUUCGUCAUUUUGGCGAGGGUGGCGAGGAAAUGUCAGAUGAAAUCACUCAACAAACACUCUUGCCAGGAAUAAAAGAUCCGAAUUUAUGGAUGGUAAAAUGUAAAAUUGGAGAAGAAAAAGCAACGGUGUUGUUGUUAAUGAGAAAAUUUAUAACAUAUCAGGCGUCCAAAGAACCAUUUCAAAUAAAAUCUGUUGUAGCACCGGAAGGUGUGAAAGGCUACAUUUAUAUUGAAGCAUACAAGCAAACACACGUAAAGGCCAUUAUUGAUAAUGUUGGAAACUUACGAAUGGGACUGCGUAAACAAGACAUGGUUCCUAUCAAGGAAAUGACUGAUGUACUGAGAGUAGUUAAAGAGCAGUCCGGGUUGAAACCUAAACAGUGGGUUAGGCUAAAGCGAGGUCUAUACAAAGAUGAUAUAGCUCAAGUGGAUUAUGUUGAUUUAGCUCAAAAUCAAGUACACCUAAAAUUAUUACCUAGAAUAGAUUACACAAGACUCAGGGGGGCUUUAAGGACAGUACAAAGCGACAAUGAAGCAGCCAAGCGAAAAAAGAAACGCAGGCCCGCCGCCAAACCUUUCGACCCGGAAGCUAUUCGUGCUAUCGGUGGUGAAGUCACAUCUGAUGGUGACUUUUUAAUAUUUGAAGGAAAUAGGUACUCCAGAAAAGGAUUUUUGUAUAAAAACUUUACAAUGUCUGCUAUUUUGGCCGAAGGAGUCAAGCCUACGCUAUCUGAAUUGGAAAGAUUUGAGGAGCAGCCCGAAGGAAUAGAUAUUGAACUAGCGGCGCCAGCGAAAGACGAUCCGACAAGCUUACACUCCUUUUCUAUGGGUGACAAUGUUGAAGUGUGUUCGGGAGAUUUGGCCAAUUUGCAGGCAAGGAUUAUUGCAAUCGACGGUUCCAUGAUCACAGUAAUGCCAAAACACGACGCCCUCAAAGAUCCUCUCGUCUUCAAGCCGAACGAGUUGCGAAAAUAUUUCAAACAAGGUGAUCACGUAAAAGUAUUAACAGGAAGAUAUGAGGGUGAUACAGGGUUGAUCGUGAGAGUCGAGCCGCACAGAGUCGUACUCGUGUCUGAUCUCACCAUGCACGAGUUGGAGGUUUUACCCCGGGAUCUCCAAUUGUGUUCCGACAUGGCCACCGGCGUCGACUCUCUCGGCCAGUUCCAAUGGGGUGACUUGGUGCAACUCGAUCCGCAGACGGUCGGCGUCAUCGUGCGCCUCGAAAAGGAAAACUUUCACGUCCUCGGCAUGCACGGCAAAGUCAUCGAAUGCAAGCCUCAGGCUCUACAAAAGAGACGAGAGAACCGCUUCACGAAAGCGCUCGACUCCGAGGGUAACACUAUUCAAAAGAAAGAUAUGGUUAAAGUGAUAGACGGUCCGCACGCGGGUCGCGACGGCGAGAUUAAGCAUCUGUAUAAAAAUUUUGCUUUUUUGCAAUCGCUGAUGUAUCUCGACAACGGCGGUAUAUUCGUGUGUAAAACGAGGCAUCUGCAGCUCGCCGGCGGCGCCAAGAGCGCGUCCAGCGCCAACGGGCUUACGCUCGGGUUCAUGUCGCCCCGCAUACAGUCGCCGAUGCACCCGUCCGGCCGCGGCGGCGGGCCAGGCGGGCGCGGGCGGGGCCGCGGCGGUCGCGGCGUAGUUUCGCGGGACCGUGAGCUCAUCGGCCAGACGAUCAAGAUCACCGGCGGACCGUACAAGGGCAAUGUGGGUAUCGUGAAGGACGCGACGGCGAGCACCGCGCGCGUGGAGCUUCACGCCAUGUGCCAGACUAUCUCCGUCGACCGCGGGCACAUCGCGGCGGCCGGAGGAGGGGCCGCGCGCGGCUCGGCCAGCACGUACGGCCGCACCCCCACCCGGGCCGCCGGCUCGCACACGCCCACGUACCGCGAGGCCGGCUUCAAGACGCCCCUCCAGGGCAUGGCGACGCCCCUCUACGAGGCGGGCAACCGCACGCCCCACUACGGGUCGAGCACGCCGGCGCACGACGGAGGGCGCACCCCCGCGCAUGGCGCGUGGGACGCCGCGGCGCAGACCCCCCGGCCGGACCUGGACCUGGCGCUCAGCUCACCGAGCCCGGCGUACGACAGCUACGCGCAGGGCCCGCUUACGCCGCAGACGCCGGGCACGAUGUACGGCUCGGACCACACGUACAGCCCGUACCGGCCCAGUCCGGGGUACGCGGGGCCGGGCAGCCCGGGCGGGGAGGAGGCGGAGGCGGAGUGGGCGAUGCCGGAGCUGGCGGUGCGCGUGCGCGGCGGCGCGGAGCCGGCGCUGCGCGGGCAGACGGGCUCGGUGCGCGCCGCCAGCGCCGGCUCCGUCGCCGUGUACCUGCCGCAGGAGGACCGCGACGUCACGCUGCCCGCCGACCUGCUCGAGCCCGUCGUGCCGCAGGGUGGCGACAAAGUCAAGGUGAUCUCAGGGCCGGACCGCGAGGCGGUGGGCGUGCUCAUCUCCAUCGAGAACCAGGAGGGCGUGGUCCGCCUGGAGUCCGACGACAUCAAGAUCAUGAAACUUCGAUACCUCUGCAAAAUGGCUUCCUAACUGACGCCGCAUUUAAAUUAACUUUAGAGACACAUUUUUAUUUCUUUGUAAAGCUAA